AUGGACGCCGCGAGUAUCGGUCUCGCAGGACUUUCCGCGGGGUCUGGGGCACCUCAAGGUCAAGCUCCCGGUCAGGCUUUGGCUCCGGGACAAGCACCAUCGCAGUCACAGGGUCAAUCUCAAUCUCAAGGUCUCCCACGCAUCGGAUCGCCUUCGGCUCAGAACCUUGUUCCCGGUCAACCUAGGCCUCAAUCUGCGGGCCUUGGAGCCGGGGAACAGGAUCGGACGAGCACGCCUGGGUUCGGACAGGGUCAAGGACCGGGUUCGGCGGGUAGAGCUGGAUCGCCUUCGGCUGGUGCUGGGAGUGCUGCACCUGGUUCAGCGGGAUCUGCGACUGCAGCGGGAGGAGCUGCAGCGGCAGGUGCGGGUGCGGGCGGGGCGGCUUAUAGGCCGUUGAACGUCAGGGACGCUCUGAGUUAUCUGGAUCAGGUCAAGGUACAAUUUGCCGAUCAGCCGGACGUGUAUAACCGGUUCUUGGAUGUCAUGAAAGAGUUCAAGGGGCAGACUAUCGAUACUCCUGGAGUGAUCGACCGAGUGUCCACCUUGUUUCACUAUCAUCCCUCCCUGAUUCAAGGUUUCAACACAUUCUUGCCGCCCGGCUACCGCAUCGAGUGUUACACGUCGACCGACCCUCAAGAGUUCCCCGGAUUGAUGAUGAUCUCGGUGACGACACCGAGUGGGACGGUCAACCAGAUUCCUGGAGGUUUCGCUGCGGCUGAGAGGGAGAGGAGGACCAAGGAGCGCGAAAGGGCGCCGGAGGAGGACGAAUUUAGCAGGAGAGGCCAGUUGGGCCAUGGGGUAGAUGUAGGGAAACAGGGCGUUGAUGUUGGCACGAACGAGAGAUCUCACCGAACCGCCUACCUUCAUCCUUCAUCAUUUUCGCAGGGCCGGAACCCCCCACUCGAUUAUCUUGGGCAAGGUGCAAAGCGGGUCUACGACGAUGACUACGAUUACGGACGCCAAGGUGGUCGACCCAAGGAGAACGAGACGGAAUCGAGAUCUGGCAAUCUUCCCGCUCCAGCGGAUUUGGGCUUACCGCCUCGUUCAUCGGUCGCCGGGCUGGACCGUGCUGGAGUCGCAAACGGAGGCCCCAGUGGACCUUCGACACCAGGUGCCGCUCAAUUACUGGCUAGCGGGAUGAAUGCGCAGCAGACUCACGAGCGACCCGCCCAGAUGGUCGAGUUCAACCACGCCAUCGCGUUUGUCAACAAGAUCAAGAACAGGUUCGCAGCUGAUCCUGAGACGUAUAAGCAAUUUCUGGAGAUCCUCCAGACGUAUCAAAAGGAGACCAAGGAUAUCAACGAGGUCUACUCGCAAGUCACAAUCUUGUUUGACAAUGCGCCUGACCUUCUUGAAGAGUUCUCUCAGUUCUUGCCUGGCGCCGAUGGCCAACAAGGCUCGGGUGGGUUGUUCAGCGGAGAUCUCUUCGGAGGGGGAGGCAUCGCCCCUGCUGGACCUCAGGCUCCUCCUGCACCUCAGGCAGGUGCUGAGAAGGGUAAGCGCGGAGGCAAGGCUGAAAAGGAUAUCAAGGAGGCCGCAGUCCCGGCUGCCCCUGCCGCAGGAGGUUCGCGUAAAAAGCGAGCUGCCGACAAGGAGGGCAAGAGUGGUGCGAGGAGCAAGAAGAGCAAGGUCGCACACCGCGAUGCGACACCAGCCGAAGACAUUCCGAAUGCCGGUCCGCCAUCCUCUCAACCUCCGUCCGGCCCGAAUACCCUCGCAAGUCAGAACGAAGUCGUCUUUUUCGAACGCGUCAAGAAGCAGAUCGACGAUCGGGUCACCUAUCACGAAUUCCUGAAGCUCUUGAACAUGUUCGUCAACGACAUCAUUGAUACCAAGACCUUGGUCGAGCGCGCCGCCUUGUUCCUCGGUGGCGAUCAGAACGAAUUGUUCCGCGAAUUCAAGGCGCUUGUUGGCUGGAGUCAGGUCAAUGUCGACGCUCAGGGUCAAAUAUCAAAUCCGCCGACCGGGAUGAUUGUCCUCGACCCUCUCGGAGUCGCCGAGAAUAUACCCAUGCUGCAACGACCCAAGGUUGACCUGAACAACCAGCGCGCGUCAGGACCGAGUUACCGCAAGUUGCCCAAGUCGGAAGUCAAUCUGGCCUGCUCAGGACGGGAUCCCAUGUGUUGGGAGGUCCUCAACGAUGAAUGGGUAUCACACCCAACAUGGGCAUCGGAAGACGCCGUCCCUUCAGCAGCUCACAAACGUAAUGCUUAUGAAGAAGCCCUUCACAAGACCGAAGAGGAGCGUCAUGAGUACGACUAUCACAUCGAGGCCAACAUUCGCACCAUCGCCUUGCUCGAGCCGCUCAAUGCCAGGAUCAAGGAGAUGGACGAGCUGGAAAAGGCCCAGUGGAAGCUCAAGCCCGGUCUCGGCGGUCAGAGCAAAUCGAUCUACCAACGGAUCCUGAAGAAGAUCUACGGUCGGGAGCAGGGUCUCGAAGUCAUAGCCGCUCUGCACGAACAGCCUGCCAUGGCUAUCCCCGUCGUCCUCGCUCGGUUGAAGCAAAAGGACGAAGAGUGGAAAAAGGCUCAGCGCGAAUGGAACAAGGUCUGGCGGGAGGUCGAUGCGAAGAACUUUUACAAGUCACUCGACCACCAGGGCGUUGUCUUCAAGGCCAACGACAAGAAGGCUUUGGCUGCCAAGACCCUGAUCGCCGAGGUCGAGGCGCUGCGUCAGGAGCAAACGCAAAAGCAGGCAGCAUCAGGCGAAGCGACGCAUUUGGCCGGAUUUGAGCGUGGUCAAUACAAGUUCUCGAUCGAGGACAUCGACUGCUUGCAAGACGCCCUAAAACUUUCGUUUUCUUACCUCGAUCGAAUGACCUUGGCCGCUGCCGAUCGAGACCGAGUCGAGUCGUUCAUUCGCGCUUUCAUCCCGACGUUUUUCCAGUUCGACGCACAAGAGUACGAUGCUACCUUUGGGGAACUCGCCAACGGAACGAGCGAGGAAGGCGGCAGCGAAGCGGGCGAUGCGACGAGCGAUGCCGGUAGUCUGCCAGAUGAUGAAGAUCGUGCGAGCAACGUCGGCGGUAGGAAAGGUAGAGGCAAGGGUGACCUGCGAACCAAGUUGCUCAGGCAAGUUGUCGAAGCCGGCGAAAAGCGUGGCAAGCGGGCUGGGUCUGCAACUCCUGCGCCCUCCGAGGCUGCCACCGAGGCGGAUCAUACCAAUGGCGACGUCGUCAUGGCUGAUGGCGAGACCGUUACCGAUCCUGUCAUAUUGAGCGAGGAAGGCGUCGUAGAAGACGAGGAUGUUGCUGCUAGCCGAGUGGCAUUACAGGAGGGCGAAAAGACGUGGUUGAAUGUCGAGGCGGCAGCAUCAGAAGUGGACACGGAGCUUCCGAAGAAGACGCCUCGUCGACACGUCUUUUUCGGCAACAACAAUUACUUUUGCUUCUUCCGCAUGUUGCAGAUCCUCUACUCGCGUCUCAAGACGUUCAAGGACCUCGCUUCGGGCCUGUCGGAAAACGCUGCUGGUUACCAGCCGGUCAAUCCUAUGGCGAAACAACUCGGCCUCACCGAUCCUGCCGCGGCCAUCUUGGAAGAAGGCGCCAACCCGGCGUCUCACUUUUACCCUCACCUCCUGGACCAGUGCGAAAAGUUGUUCGACGGCGAGAUCGAUACCCCAACAUUCGAGGAGACUGUGAGAUACAUGUACGGGAUCAGGGCUUACCCGGCCUUUACACUGGACAAGGUUGUCGCGGGCGUAAUCAAGCACUGUCAAAACAUCUUGACCGACGGCAAGAGCCAGGAGUUGUACGCGCUGUUGCAGGCCGAUCGCAAGUACGAGGGUGGACGGUCGAUCAGACAACAGAUCGCCUAUCGGGUCGAAGCAGAAAAGACGCUGGCACCUGAUGAAAACGUGUUCAAGAUCGAAUGGCUGGGAACGACCAAGCGACUUCGAAUCAUCCUGCUAGCCAAGGAAGACAUCACAACAGAUGACAUCCAGACGGCCGAGCAACAGUGGGAAGCUUAUAUCGAUAGCUUUACGUUGGCUCAUCCGACGGAAGGGCUCGGUUUCGCGGUCGAGCCACCUUUCCUCAGGAGGUGA